GGCAUACCCUUUUCCCCCAUGCUCGCUGCGCGUCUCUGGCAGUGGAAACUCCCCUGUUACUGACGGUGCGACAAGAUACGAGAUGGAGUGUGAUCCUUGGAUGAAGGUUCCCCCGUUCACUAAUGCUCCCCUGGACUCGUGGAAAGAGCAUGAAUGGGCCAAAAUGCUCAAGGAGUGUCUGUGGGCGGACGACUACAAGUUCGCUAAAAUGUGCGAGUUUGGGAGUUUCAUUCCCGUGCCUAGAGCUGUGCUGGGUUCAGUUCGGUGUCGUUGCUUGAGUGCAAAGCUGAAUAUUCCUCGUCAUCAAAAUGUGUUGGCCUGCAGUGUCGUGACUGCUUCGCCUCGCACAUGGUCUCGCUCACUGAAACACGAGUUGCUUGCCUGUGCACGACAUUCCGAGUUCCUUGAUCAGUACCCAUUGCGCUCUCCAGGGCUGUUGCCUCGAGCAGUUUCCUACUGCUGCGUUAGAUUGCGUCUCGGAAAGUUAUUCUUAUCUAGGGUCCUUUGCGUCGCGUGUUCGAAUCGGAAUAGGACCUUGACUGACGCUGUGGUCUACGUGUCCAGGAAUGAGUUGCACCUCGGGAAAGACGGGAUCGGUUUGGUCACAAUAGAAUUGGAAGAGACAUGGGAUUUGGUAAUCACGGGUAAGGUGGACGAUGUGGACGCAUGGCAUGAGGUUGAAGCUCAAGCGUCCUCUAUAUGGGAUGCUAUAGGCAGCGUAAUGUCAUCGAGACCUUCGACAAGCGUCAACAUGAGUCCCGAGACGCACAUGCGCUUGAGUCCCGAGAAGCACAUGCACUUAGCAAAACCGUUUUCACCUUGUGUGAGAUCGGUGCGGCAUCAUGACGGUCAAACGUGGAUCGGCGAAGCAGCCAACAAGGACUUUGACGAGGACCCAUGGAUGACCGUCGUCCCGUACAUGAACCGACAUCUCGAUGAAUGGAACGAUAAUGAUUGGAAGGCGAUGGAGCGUGGCUGCCCUUGGGCAAGCCAUUACAAGUUUGCCAACAUGUUAGAGUUUGGGAGCCUCAUUGCACUACCUGAUGGUGUCCUCCAACGAAAGACCCUGGACGAUAAGGGUAAACCGAUCCGCUACCGUACCAGCUUCAGACGUCGCCUCCACUGCGAGUACAUCACAUCUUCGCCACGAACUUGGGGAAGUUCGGAGAAGCAAGAGUUGGUGGACUGCGCCCGUCAUUGUUCAUUCUUGGAACACUACCCACCCCGUUGCCUAGGGACUUCUCCACGAGCUAUAUCAUAUUGUUGUGUGCAGUUGACGAAUGACGGAUGUCCUUUCGCCAAAGUGCUAUGUGUGGCUUCUUCAGACAAAAGUAAAAAACUCGUGGAUGCAGUUGUGCUCGUGUCACGGAACGAGAUGGUACAACAUGAUUACAAAUUCAAGCCGGUGAUAUCUCGCCCUGAUAUAGAUGGGAGGUCAAAUUUCGUGAGAGUAGGUCAGGUCAGAUGUUUAGAAUUGUUUUACGAGGUGGAAGAGAAAGUGUCCGUAAUACGAGACUUUAUAGGGAAUUCCUUAGCACGACGAGGAGGGUUUGUCAGGAUGAAAUACAUGUCCGUGUUUUCGGAGAMUGCAACUGUCCACGAACCGCAGAGCCACGUAUAUGGAUCAUCUAUGAAUGCCAUGUAUGGUUUCGGUUCACGACCUCGUCCGCGAGAAACCCCGUAUGUCACAAGAUACGGACGUGUGGUCAGACCUUGUGUUUAAGGGAAAACAUGUUAAAAUACAAUCUUUUGGAACAUGAUGUGCAUGUGCAUGUGCACCUUGAAAUGGUGGAUAUGCAGUCAAUCACACGUUGCCUCUCGCACCUAUUGCAACUAUUGC